UUUAGCUAGGUCAUGGUGGGAGAGUGAGAUCCGGGGCGCGGUCGAGAUGAUGCGCGCGCACAGGUUAGUAGCGAUCGAUCGCGCUGUCGGCAGCGCCCGUGUUCGUGCUUCGUCAUUGGCAGCCGUGGAGCAAUGCAUGAAGCUGGAUGAUGUUUCUGCUGACGAGCGCAAGGCCGCGAGCUGGGCCGUGGCGAGCUUCCUCAAAGACCUGGGAUUGAAAUCCCCGGAGGCAGCAGGGGUGCAACGCGCAUCGCCAGUGUUCGCGAGGAAGGUAGCGGCGCUGGCCAAGGAAAAUCUCGGCAGUGACGAGGCCAGGAUCUCGAUCAAGGAGCUCAAGGCGCUCUCCUCUCGGGUGUUGCAAGAGCGGCGGAUCAAUGUGGCUGAGGCGGUGCUGGAGAGCCUCGGCGGAGCUCCGGACUGGGUGGAAGCCAGUCUAGCGCUCGUCGACAGCAGCGAGAAUGGAGUUUUCAAUCUUCUCGAGAUCACGAACAAGCUCCACAAGAUUGGAUUCGAGAGGAAGAAGAUGUGGCUGGUCUUCGAGCACAACAGUUUGCUCUGGGCGAGCACGCCGCUGGAUGUGGAGAACAGCAUCGUCGCGCUCAAGAAGGUGGAUGGAGGGAAGUUCUUGAUGAGGACCAUCUUUUGCUGCCCGCUGCUCAUCGGCCGAUCGUCCCAGGAAGUUCUAAACGGUCUCGUGUGGGAGCUCGCUCGAGUUGGCGCUGACAAGAAGGAUCUCUACAACCUCUUCAUGCUCUUCCAGAAGAACCGGGAGUCUCCUCGCCCGGUCCCCGAGAUCCUGGAGCGGCAGUGUGGAUUCAGCAAAGCCGAGGUUCGCCGCCGGCUAACUUCCAACGCUCUCAAGCUCGCGUCGGAGGUGAAUCACUCGCUGGAGCUCGCCAUGAAGUGGUUUUCGAACGAAGGUGUCAAGGAAAACGACUUUUGGAAGAUGGUGGUCCAUCGGCCGUCGGACUUCUGCCGCAGCACCGCUUCCUUGGACGAGCAAAUGGCGUUUUUGACAGAGUGGGGCUUGUCACGACCCGAGGCCUUGCAGAUGCUCGUCAAGCACGCGUACAGUGUGAUAUGGAACGUCAGCAUAGCCAAGACGAAGAUCCAGUAUUUGGUGGAAACGAUGGGAUUCCCGGCGCAGACGAUACUUUCGUGUCCGAAGUUUCUCUCCUGCAGCUUGGGACUGAAGAUCCGGCCUCGCCACCGGGUGGUGGAGUUUCUGGAGAAGCAGGGAAAGAUCGAGAGGCCGGCGUCGCUGCAGUACUUGAUCCUGUCGGAGGAGGCGUUUUUGGAUACUUAUGGCAAGCUCCACCUGGAUGCUGGUAGAGUUUACGCGGAAGCAAAAGGCCUCGCCAGCGCUGGAGAUGAACAGCUACAGGAGGAGGAAGGUUUUAGCCAGCAAGGGGACGAGGCAGCUGAGACCGAAACUCUUGAAGCUGUCAAGAGCACACAAGUACUACUACAGCUCAAAAGCCUGGGCGAUCCAACUUCGGUAUCCGUGGAACGAGCUCCCAACUUACGGAGCUCGUUGAGCAAGUUAGAGGGUGAUCACGGUGGCGAUCUUGGAAAAGAGAUCCGAGCUUCAUCGAAGAUCUCGGCUGCGCUGGAGCGCAUUCAAAGCGACAACAGCAGUCCAACGACGAGUGACACUUCCAGGGAAGUACAGCAGAUUAAACAAACUGGAGGUACUGCAACUCUAGCAGCGGCAGUAGCAACAGGAUCAGUGGAAGAAAUAGCAGUGGAAGAGGUGGCAGUGGAGGAAAAGGAGAUAGCAGCAGGAGGAGUGGCAUCAGCAAGCCGUGAUCCUUGCGAGCAUGCGAAUGGAGUGAGCGCAAACCGGGCAGAAGCUCCACCAGAAGUUAUGGCAGUGGAAGGAGGAGAAGCAUCAAGCGCUGACGCUUGUUUCAAGGCUGGAAGAACUGGAGAGGGUGCUGCUGCUGCUCCGGAAGAUCUCGACAGUGACGAAAGCCAUGGCCGAUCGAACAAGACCGGUGGAAUCGUGGCGUUUUUCCGAAAGUUCUUCACCGGGAGCUCGUGAAGAAAAUUCUUGCGGUGUUUAGGAUUAGGCAAAAUGUUUAUUGUUAAACAAAACCUGUGUUGUAAAUUUAGAGGGAAA